CAACUGUGGGAAAUAAGAGCCUGGCUGGAUGCUACGUUGUACCAGCACUUAAUCAGACUGAGUAUUUGUGUCAGAAAUAGACCUUCACCAUGUCGAGUAUGGACAAGCACUUGUUCAACCUCAAGUUUGCUGUCAAGGAGCUACAGCGCAACUCCAAGAAAUGUGACAAAGAGGAAAAGGCAGAAAAAGCCAAAGUGAAGCAGGCUAUCCAGAAAGGUAAUAUGGAGGCAGGCAGGAUUCAUGCAGAGAAUGCCAUCCGCCAGAAGCACCAGUCCAUUAACUUGUUGAGGAUGAGUGCCCGUGUGGAUGCUGUGGCAUCCAGAGUCCAGACUGCUGUCACUAUGAACCAGGUAUCUAAAUCUAUGUCUGGAGUGGUCAAGUCUAUGGAUGCCACACUGAAAAGCAUGAACCUGGAGAAGAUCUCUGCAUUAAUGGACAAGUUUGAAAAUCAGUUUGAAACUCUUGACGUGCAGACAACUCAGAUGGAAGACACAAUGGGCAAUACCACCACUCUAACAACACCUCAGAGUGAAGUUGACAUGCUGUUGCGUGAGAUGGCAGAUGAAGCAGGGUUGGAUCUUAACCUGGAGCUUCCUCCAGGCCAGACGUCUUCACUCUCUUCAUCUGUGGCAUCAACUGAACAGGAUGAGCUCUCCCAGAGGCUGUCCAGAUUGAGAGACCAGGUGUCAUAAUGAUGCAAGAAAGAAAUAUUCAUGAGGAGGGAGACGAACAAGGGGACAGAGGAAGAGACUGGCAGUGGAAAG